ACUUUACGCACGCGGGAUGAGGCUUCGGUGCCAGUAAUGUUUUCGCGCUAGCCGUCCUGGCCUAUCGUCUCGUGAAAGGAGUUCUACCUUGGUUCCGAGUCAGCUGGGACUUUUAGCGGAUCUGUCUUUCCCCGGUACAUCGAAGGUCUCCACGCUUUGGAAAUGGCAGGAGCACAACCGGGCGUCCACGCGUUACAACUCAAGCCUGUGUCGGUGUCCGACAGCCUGAAGAAUGGGAGCAAAUUCAUGAAAUGGGAUGAUGACUCCACCGCUGUCACCCCCGUGACCCUACGGGUCGACCCCCAGGGCUACUUCCUGUACUGGACCGACCAGAACAAGGAAACUGAUGUGCUGGACAUUUCCUGCAUCAAGGACACUCGGACGGGGAAGUAUGCCAAGCUACCCAAGGAUGCUAAGCUGCGUGAGCAGCUGGACGUGGGCACUCUGGUGGGGAAGAUGGAGAACCGCAUGAUGACGGUGGUCAGUGGCCCGGACAUGGUCAACAUCACCUUCCUCAACUUCAUGGCCUUCCAAGAGGAGGUGGCCAAGGAGUGGACAGAAGAGCUCUUCAGCCUGGCUUUCAACCUUUUGGCUCAGAAUAUGUCACGUGACGCCUGCCUGGACAAAAUAUACACCAGACUGAAGCUGCAGACCAAUCCUGAAGUCGGCAUCCCAGUGAAGAAUAUAUUCCGGAUGUUCUCAGCAGACCGCAAGCGUGUGGAGACGGCGCUGGAGAACUGCAGCCUGCCGUCUGGACGGAAUGAUGCUAUUCCACAAGAGGACUUUACUCCAGCAAUUUUCCGUGUGUUCCUCAACGGCAUCUGUCCAAGACCAGACCUGGACAUGAUCUUCUCUGAUGUCGGGGCGAAGAGCCGGCCCUACCUGACGGUGGAGCAGCUGACCGACUUCAUCAACAACCGCCAGCGAGACCCACGGCUCAACGAGAUCCUCUACCCGCCCCUCAAGGCCGAGCAGGUGCAGGCGUUGGUGGAGAAAUAUGAGCCCAGCACCAUGCUCACCCAGAGAGGUCAGAUAUCAGUGGAGGGGUUCACUCGCUACCUGAGCGGGGAGGAGAACAGCAUCAUCCCUCCAGAGAAGCUGGACCUGAGUGAAGACAUGACACUCCCCCUCUCCCACUACUUCAUCAACUCCUCCCACAACACCUACCUCACAGCGGGUCAGCUGGCAGGCAACUCCUCGGUGGAGAUGUACAGGCAGGUGCUGCUGUCGGGGUGCCGCUGUGUGGAGCUGGACUGCUGGAAGGGGCGCACUGCUGACGAGGAGCCAAUCAUCACGCAUGGAUUCACCAUGACAACAGACAUCUCCUUCAAGGAAGUCAUAGAGGCCAUUGCAGAAAGUGCAUUUAAGACUUCACCGUUCCCCGUCAUCCUGUCCUUUGAGAACCAUGUGGACUCCCCAAAGCAGCAAGCAAAGAUGGCCGAGUACUGCCGGUCAAUAUUUGGAGAAGCACUGCUCAUAGAUCCACUUGAGAAAUACUCGCUGGAGCCGGGUGUGGCGUUGCCCAGCCCUAUGGAUCUGCUGGGCAAGAUCCUGAUCAAGAACAAGAAGAAAUCCCACAAGAACGAGGGCAGCACCAAGAAGAAGCUCACGGAGCAGACGUCCAAUCCCUACAGUGACACCUCCAGCAUGUGUGAGCCCUCCUCACCCAGUGCAGGUGAGGUGGAGGUGGACAGCGAGGAAGAGGAUGAUGAAGAUGAAGAAGGAAAAAAGUCAGUGGAUGAGGACACAGCUGGCAGUGAGACGUUUGCAACUGAGGAAAUGUCCAACCUGGUCAACUACAUUCAGCCGGUGAAAUUCAACUCUUUUGAGGGAUCCAAGAAGGUCAAUCGGAGUUAUGAGAUGUCAUCCUUCGUGGAGACCAAGGCCCUGGAGAACCUUACUAAGUCCCCUGUGGAGUUUGUAGAGUAUAACAAGUUCCAGCUGAGCCGUAUCUACCCCAAGGGCACGCGCUACGACUCCUCCAACUACAUGCCCCAGGUCUUCUGGAACACUGGCUGCCAACUGGUGGCCCUCAACUUCCAGAUGAUUGACCUGUCCAUGCAGUUGAACCUGGGCAUGUUCGAGUACAACAGGAAGAGCGGCUACCGGGUCAAACCAGAGUACAUGCGCCGCUCCAACAAGCAGUUCGACCCCUUUACAGAGCGCACGGUGGACGGCAUCGUGGCCAACACACUCUCAGUGAAGAUCAUCUCUGGGCAGUUCCUCUCGGACAGGAAGGUCGGCACGUACGUGGAGGUGGACAUGUUUGGCCUUCCAGUGGACACCAAGAGGAAAGCCUUCAGGACCAAGACAUCGCCAGGAAACUCCCUCAACCCAGUGUGGGAGGAAGAGCCCAUCGUCUUCAAGAAGAUUGUCCUGCCCACUCUGGCUUCGUUGAGGAUAGCUGUGUAUGAGGAUGGAGGGAAGUUCAUUGGACAUCGGAUCUUACCUGUCUCAGCUAUUCGACCAGGUUACCACUACGUGGCGUUGCGGAAUGAGAAGAACCAGUGUUUGACUCUGCCCACCCUGUUUGUCUGCAUCGAAGUGAAGGACUAUGUACCCGACACAUUUGCAGAUGUGAUCGAGGCCCUGUCCAACCCCAUUCGCUAUAUCAGUCUGAUGGAGCAAAGAGCCAAUCAGCUGGCCGCCCUUACGCUGGAGGAGGGAGGAGAGGAGCCCGAACACAAAGAGGUGGAGAAGGGCGGGGACUCACCCUCGGCACAGCAACAGAAAGCUGAGCCCAAUCCACUUCCUGCUGAGAAUGGCAUGAACCACGCCCCUCUCAUCACCGCCAAACCCCAGUCCGUCAACCAGCAGCCGCCGCCCACAGCUAAGCCUGCAGUGAAAUCAGAGGACAUCAUUCAGACUGUGCUGACAGACGUGCAGGCCCAGUCCCUGGAGGAGCUGAAGCAGCAGAAGGCGUUUGUGCGGGAGCAGCGGCGGCAGUACAAGGAGCUGAAGGAGCUGGUGAAGCAGCACCACAAGAGGACGGCCGAGCUCAUCAAGCAGCAGACGGCCAAACACAGCGAGCUCUCCUCCCAGCUGCUGCGCCGCCGCUCCUCCCUGCAGAAGAGUGCCCGAAGAGACGGUAAGAAAAGGUCGGACUCUCAGCACAGCCUGAGUGCUGUGGAGCAGGAGCUGGCGUCUCUGGAGGAGGAGAGCAGCCGCAGACUGGCCGAGCUCAAGGACACGCAGCAGGAGGAGCUGCUCAAACUGCGCCAGCAACAGUACUACAGCGAGAAGUACCAGAAGAGGGAGCACGUCAAACAGCUCGUGGAGAAGCUCACAGCUGUAGCUGAAGAGUGUCAGAACAGUCAACUGAAGAAGCUGAAGGAGCUGUGUGAUAAAGAGAAGAAGGACCUGAAGAAGAGGAUGGACAAGAAGAGACAAGAGAAGAUCAACGAGGCCAAAUCACGAGAGAAGAAUGUCACAGACGAGGAGAAGCUGGAAAUCAACAGGACGUUUGUCAACGAGGUGGUCCAGUACAUUAAACGGCUUGAAGACGCUCAGAGCAAACGUCAGGAGAAGCUGCUGGACAGACAUAAAGACAUCCGGCAGCAGAUCCUGGACGAGAAGCCAAAGUUGCAAGGCGAGCUGGACCAGGAGUACCAGGACAAGUUCCGGCGGCUUCCGGUGGAGAUUCAGGAGUUUGUGCAGGACACGGCUAAAGGCUGUCUGCACCUCUCCAAGAUGUCCAUCUCCACGACAACUGAGAAACUGAACAGCAAAACAUCGCCGUCUGAGGAGGACGUUGAUGAAAGUCCGUCCGAAAGGGUGUUUGACACACCCUUCUGAAACCGCCCCACACGCACACACACACACACACACACACUAACACACUCACACGCACACACACACACACACACACACACACACACACACACACACACACACACACACAAGCUCUCAUAUACGCACACUUACACUCUCAGAAUCUGUAGGUCUGUUGGCAUGUGUACUGUAAAUACCUAUUUUUAAUUUCUAUGUUGUUAAAUGAUCUUCUCUUUUAAACCUUCGGGUACGACCAUAGUUAAAAUAGAGGUUUUACUUAAAGACAGAGAGAACAGACGAAAAAAGGACUUACUUGAACUACUGUGUUGCACGACUGUUUCCAAUGUGUACUCUUAAGAUUAGUUAGUCCCAUGGGAACCUCAUAUUGUUGACUGUUUUGUGGAGUAACAUUGCUAGUAAGUGGACUUAUACUACUACAUGUGCACUAAAAACUCUACCCCAGCAAGAGUACUAUCACCAUCAUCAUCAUCAUCAUCAUCAUCAUCAUCAUAAAUUAUAAUCGUAGUCAUGAUCGUUUUUUAAUAAUAUUGAAGAGAGAUAAUGUUGGAUUUCUAUCGAAUGCCAUGAGAGAGUUUGUGUUGCCAGAAUCCAAACCCCCUGAAGCCUCUCUGUCUUUGGUUUGGCUGGGGUCAGGAGCCCCCUUCUUUAGCUCUGUCUGUGUGUGUGUCCGGGGGGGGAGUUGGGUUGAGACAACCACCCACCCCCCUCCACCACCGCCAGGUGCUAACCAGGAUCGCCACUGUUGCAGUAGUCUGUACUGCAGUUCUUCUCCAGGUUCACCUGAGGUCUCCUCACCUUAAAUGGCUCAGCCAGCAGGGACUGGAAAGACCUCCACACCUGUUGGAGUGAGGGACAUUUUGUGUAUGAGUGAGCAGACAGAAGGGUUUCACCAUCUACAUUGCGAGCGAAGGGUUUGAUUCCUGAGGAGCACGUCUUUGUGUGUUGUUGGACAUGAGCUGGACAUGAAGUGACUCCUGCAGGGGAACUGACUGCUGCAUCCUCAGAGCCACACUCCUGGACAAGAAGACCCCCCCCCCCCCCAACAAGACAAAUGGAUUAUAAACAAGAAAAAAACGUCGAUUCCAAAGUUCCAAGUGGGCGAUCUGAUGUAUGUAUUUAUUCACAGGUGAAGUGAACCCGGGAACGUGGCAGAUUGGCAUUGAGGUUGCAGAUUGACCAUCAUGCCACUGUACAAUCAUACAGGUCAGACCGCAAUGUCUGCCCCUUGGACAAUGAGAGGGUGUUACCACUAAGCAAGUUAUACUGUUGACUAUAAUGACUCAAGGUGAACCUGAGUUGGGACUUUCAACACUCGAGCAGAAGCUAGAGAUUGCUCAGAUUUUGAAGAACGCUCGGAAUUGUGAGGUUUUCAGCUUUCCCGAAUCACAAAUUGAUCUGGGCUGGGUUUCCCAGAAUCGUUAAGAAGCUCUUA